AGAAAUUGAUCCGACUGAGAACAUUUUGAUUCUAGUAGCCAGCUAUCUUUUGUUCAUCGGCGAAAACUUUUUUUCUGCGGCGGAGUUCUGUUUAGCUGCCAGGCAAGUGAAUUCAAAGGCAAACGACAAUCAUGGAGCCGGCGUGCCGCAAGGAUAAACAAAAACAGAAGGACACUCCCAACCGAGGGGACAGAGCCAAACAGAAAUCCGCUCAGCAGGAGCUGAAACAGCGACAAAGAGCAGAGAUCUACGCCCUGAACAAAGUGAUGACGGAGCUGGAGCAGCAGCAGUUUGAGGCCUUCUGCAAACAGAUGCAGCCGCAAGGGGAGUGAGGGUGCGGACAUGUUUUCAAAGAGCGUCCGUGACACCAGCUCGGGUGGAUUUAAGCAGUGACUCGUUUGGCUGUAUUACGUACUGACUGUUACAGUACAGUUAUUCACUCAUGUUAAAUUCCGAGGGUUGCAUCUCCGUGCAGAAACCAAUGUACAUAAUGCGGUUUUGCUCCCAACUACCUUUACAAUCGGUCCCAGUUGCCUUCAGUUGAGUAGCACCCAGUGUGAUGGAAAAGCAUAGCUACGUUUAUCUGUGAUGAUUUGAUGUGUGACGCUACUUUUAAGAGUAUGCAAAAGAGUAAUACUUUAUACAAAGUGGAUUAUCACAAAAGUAAUGGUCAGACGCUAGUAUUAUUAAAUAGAAUGUUGCAACACUACUUUUGUGGACAUGCUGUCAGAUUGAAAAGUCUGAUCUAAACAGGGCUGGACUUUAAAUGUGUUAUGUCAAGAAACAACGUUUUUAGAUUAAUACAUUGUUAAAAGUGUGUGUGUAUGUGUGCUUAUGUGCACCUCAUUUCACUUCCACAUGGUCAUGACCAAAGCACCAUACAUCCCUUGGUGAUUCAGAGAAUAUUACACUUUUUAAAAUAACUAGUGUCCGUGCUGUCAUUUUUAAUACACCUACCUGACAGAUAGAGAUUUGUACGUUAACAUGAAAAGCCUGUUAUAUACAGCGAUGUGAACAUGCCGAGAUUGUUUCUAAGAUGGUAGCUUUUUCC